CUGUCCGAAGAAUGGAGGUAGAGCGGGUUCGUAUGGACUGCAACGAAAGUCCAGCUGGACGGCUGGCUCAAACCGAUGACCAAGAUCAACCAGAGGAUCAGCUGCCUGAAGGCUGCGGUCAUUGCGAAAUAUUUCUUAGAGAGGUUGACAUGAUUAUGCGUAGCUAUACAAGCCCGUUUUCCACCAAGGCUGAGAGAUUAAUUGGCCUUUUAAAACUGAUUCAAAUGAGAGUCCGUGCAAACAAUUACUUCAAAACACACUCCGAUUGUGCAAGAGAAACCAGUCACCUCUUAGGGCUCACGAUGGGAGGUGUCACAGAGGUUAGGCAGCCUGUUGUGAAGCAGAAGGUCGUGGUUUACUCUCCUGAUGACAACAAAAAAGACGCCCACUGCCCAGUCCCAGAACACCGGACAGAAACCCGGGAAGAGCUGCACGACUGCUCCUGAGAUGGAGGGAAUCCGGAGAUCAAUGGACACUCCGCGGUCACUGGCCGAAAUGGCCUCAGCUCUAGGACGAGUCCUACGAUGGAGGGAGCAGCUCCUCUCCAAGUCACACAGCAGACAUCGGGCGCAUUAUUACCAGCAACUGUUUAAAGAUGUUUUACAUGGCCGUCAUCUCGUCCUAAUACGCUAUUUUUGCGGAUUAUGCGGGUUUAACAAUGUCCGGGACGGCCAUUGGAAAUGUGGGUCACAUGCAUGCAUAGCGAUCCAGAAUAUAUUUGUUUCGGGAAGCGUGAGUGAAGGUACUGAGGUGCAUGUCACCAAGUAUAAGUCACGAGUCAGUGGAACAAUUGUUGAAGCGUUUGAAUGGGUGAGUGAAGGCGGCUUUGCUAUGCCGCAUUGGAUUGAGGGGAGAAAGGAGCGGAUGGCGACAGGGAAAGAAGAAUCGAGCGAUAACGCACCAUCUGCUCUUACAUUUGAGACUGCAUCUGACAUUGACUUCAUGAUUCUAACCGGACCAGUAAUGUGGCAUACAGAACCGCUGAGGGACUCUGGCAGUUCUAACUCUUCAGAGAAGACGUCACGUUUCAGUGAGUCUUCCGACAGAGAGGCGGUUGGCUCCCAAACAAAACAGCACGGUUCUGCCGCCGUGGAAAAUAAAUCCAAUGGAACAGGCAGCACAGGAGCAGACAGCUCCGACAACACUUUCACCCUCCAUGUAGAGGAAGACACAGAUAAGCCGGGCUUUGUGAAGAUCACUCAGGCUCUCCAGUGGGAGGGUGACACCUCUGUCAGACGUGAAUUACCAUUUUAUCAUUGUAAAUCACAUAUAGCCGAAGCUAUGAAAGGACAUGUGGAGAGCAUUAAAAACUAUGGCGGGCCGAAUAUUGAAGUAACCAUCAAUGGUGACAGCAAUGACCUCGUCCCCUGUCUCCAGUACCCCGAGAGGGUCAGUGACGAGUUUGUGAACCGAGAGCGACCGUCGGGACAGCCGAGCAAAGACUUGGUGAAGAAGCUCAGUGAGAUGGAAAUCUAUCUGGUCGAAAAAGAUGAUCUAUUUCGUAUAUCGUUUUCACGUCUCGAGUCAGAGGUGAUCCGCUCUAUGACCAAGCCCCAGCGGAUCUGUCUGGUCCUGCUCAAACACUGCGCUGCAGUAGCGGGAAGCGAGCUGUGCAGCUACGAGCUGAAGACGGCGAUGAUGUGGGUCUGCGAGCGACGUGCGCCAGAGCUCUGGACCUGGGACGGCAUGCUAGAGUCGAUGAUGGCCGUUUUCGACUUUCUUCAGGAGUGUGCGGAGCAGCGUGCUCUGCGGUGCUAUUUCUAUCGUGAGAUCAACCUGUGGACUGGCAAAACUUUCGACAAAGGAUUAGCAGUGUUAAGGCUACGAGUGCUGCUGCCGCGCGCUAUCCAGCUGCUGCUGGCUGGCCUGCUGAGCUCGAGCCAGGCGCCGCUGAUGCGUCACCUGCUGAACAUCCCUCUGGACGCGCAGCAGAUGCUCUGGUGCUGCUGGAAGCGCAGGAUCGACGACCCCUACCCGACGGAUCCGAAAGAUCAAGGGAAGAUUAACCCGAAUGACUUGUGUUCUGGGCUCUACCCGGCGGCGGUGGAGAGCCGCCUCUGGUCGGAGCGGUUCCUCGACACCUUCCGGUGGGAGUCGCUGCCGGCGCGCUGCAGGGAGCCCGACUGGUUCGCCGAGCAUGGCUGGGACACGGACAGCGAGGGGGAGGAGGAAGACAGAGAGGACAAGGAUAGCGAGGACGAGGAGGAGAACAGGAAGCCUCUGCCACUCUGGACAGCCGGGCUGCCACAGACUUCACCAGUCUGGGCGGACAGAGUUCCUCAGACUCCGUCUCCAUCAGUCUGGACGGGCAGACUUCCCCAGGAUCAACCAGUCUGGACAGCCGGACUGCCUCACACCUCACCAGUCUGGACGGGCAGACUUGCUCAGCCUCCGUCUCCAUCAGUCUGGACGGACAGACUUUCCCAGGAUCAACCAGUCUGGACAGCCGGGCUGCCUCAGACCUCACCAGUCUGGACGGACAGACUUGCUCAGCCUCCGUCUCCAUCAUUCUGGACGGGCAGACCCCCUCAGGAUCAACCAGUCUGGUCAGUCGGACUGCCACAAACUUCACCAGUCUGGACGGACAGACUUGCUCAGCCUCCGUCUCCAUCAGUCUGGACGGGCAGACUUCCUCAGGAUCAACCAGUCUGGUCAGUCGGACUGCCUCAGCCUCCGUCUCCAUCAGUCUGGACGGGCAGACUUCCUCAGGAUCAACCAGUCUGGACAGCCGGGCUGCCACAGACUUCACCAGUCUGGGCGGACAGACUUCCUCAGACUCCGUCUCCAUCAGUCUGGACGGGAAGACUUCCUCAGGAUCAACCAGUCUGGACAGCCGGGCUGCCACAGACUUCGCCAGUCUGGGCGGACAGACUUCCUCAGACUCCGUCUCCAUCAGUCUGGACGAGCAGACUUCCUCAGGAUCAACCAGUCUGGACAGCCGGGCUGCCUCAGACUUCACCAGUCUGGGCGGGCAGACUCCCUCAGACUAUCUCUCCGCCAGUCUGGACGGACAGACUUUCUCAUCCUCCGCCACUCUGGACAGUCGGACUGCCUCAGACUUCACCAGUCUGGCCCAACACGCCGAAUCAGGCUCGCUAUUCUGGACGGCCAGACUCCCGCAGACUUCAUCAGUAUGAACGAUCAUACUACCACAGAUUCUAGUGUCUGACGAACAAUGGACACAUACGCGACGGGGCCAGGUAUACUCGACUCUGCCCGGAGACAGUGUGUGAACUGUGAACUGUGAGGAGAGGGUGGUAGUAGACUUCUCACAGUCACUGUGGUGGCUGGGAAGACUUCUCUGAGGCGUUUGUGUGCCUGUAUGUAUAUAAUGUGUGGAGAGUUGGUUUUCAUUGAUGCGUGUUGUAUAUAUUAUAAGCAUGCUUAGGCUGUUUCGUGCUUUUCUGCUUUAUAUUAUCUCUGCAAUAGACCGGACCAGGUGUACUUGACUCUCCGCCCGGAGACAGUGUGUAUGUACGUACAUACAGUGUGUGGAGGGGGUGGGACCGUACCGUACAUACAGUGUGUGGAGGGGGUGGGACUAGACUUGUCACACUCGCUGUGAUGGCUGAGAAAGGUUCUCUGAUGUGUUUGUAUGCCUCGUAUGUGCAAUGUGUGGAGAGUUGGUUUUCAAUGAUGUGUAUUGUGUAUGAGGCAUGCGUAUAGUUAGGCUGUAUUCGUGCUUUUCUGCUUUUAAUCUCUUCAAUAGACGGUGCCAGGUGUACUUGACUCUGCCCGGAGACAAUGUGUGCAGUGUACCUAUGUGAAGAGGGAGGGGGGGGGGGCUGGCCUUCUCACAGCACGUGGACAUUCACUGUGAUGGCAGGGAAAGCUUCUCUGAUGGCACGACAGGUAUUUGUGUAUCUAUCGCAAUGUGUCGCAUUUGUAUUGAUGUGUAUUGUUGACAUAAACAUAUACAUAUGUGUAAGCUGUAUUCGUGCGUGGAGGGGAGGGGACAACGGACUUCUCUUAGCAAUGUGGACAUUCGCUGUGAUGGCAGGGAAAGCUUCUCUGAUGGUUCGACAUGUGUUUGUGUAUCUAUCGCACUGUGUCAGAGUUGUAUUGAUGUGUACCUACUGUGUGCACAAGAUUCCUUUUCUGUGUAUGUACCUACAUGCGUAGGCUAUAAAUAUUGCUAUUCGUGCUCUUGUGCAUUUUAUUACCCCGUAUGAUAGUUGCUGCUGUGAUCUGUAAAUAUGUCUGCAUAUAUGUAUGUAUAGGUAUAGAUUGUGCCUACCUAUACAGUUUGUGUAGGUACCUACAUUUUGAUCAUCAGCACAAAUAUUGUAUAUUUAUUGUGUUAAUACUUAUAUUUGUUAUUUUUAUCUUUGAUUCAAACAAAUACAUGCAUACCAAAAUGUC